UUGUGCAAAUCUUCUGCAAAAUUUUUCAGUGACACUCGAGAUUAUGAUCCAAGAAUAGUUCGAAUUCAAUUUAACAAAACUUUAUAUCCGUACAAAUUUCGUCGACGUACAAAACAGUUAAGUCUUUGGGAGGUGACUACUAUGGCAAGUUAUUACAAGAAGUUAAUAGGAAACACCAGGCCAAGAAAUAUUCAACGAACUGCUGAUUUUGCAAAAAAGCUCGACACUGCAUCUGACCGUAUUGAUGCUGCUGUGAAAAUCGUAAUUUUUUGUGUUCAUAAUUUAAUGGAUUGUUUGAAAAAGCAACACAAAUCGAUGAUUUACAUGGCACAUAACUUUAGAAGCAAAAUCAAAGCGGUGGAACUAAUGCGAGACAAUUUUAGUGACUACCAUAAUUUGGCGAAGCAAUCUAUAGCAGCCAAAGUUGACAUCAUGGCGCUCGCGAGACUUGUUCGUGUGCAAAAAGGCACGCUCAUAAUUUCAGCAAAUGAAAGUUGGUCAGUAAAAGAUCUCAAGAACCUUCCUGCUGUUGCCAAUGAAUUAGAUAAAAUUGUGAAGAAUUUCAAUAAUUUACGAACAGUACGAAAACUGAUAGAACCAACAAAUUUGCCUGAAGAAAAAGAAAUCACGAAACUGAUAGAACAGGCGCAACAAAUUCGCCAAAUUUUAGAGGCUCGUAAGAAUUCCACUAGAUCAUCUAUAUCGAUUAUCGGUUGA